UCUCAGAUGGAUAGCUGUGAGGAAAAGGGACAAGGUGAUGAUGGAGAUGACAAUGUUGAUGGUGUUGACGCUGCUAAGUUGGGUAACUUGGUUGAAAAGGUCAUAAAGUCUGCUAUGGGGGGUGUUCGUGAAAAUGUGGAGGUUGAUGCCAAAAGGAAAGAAGCUGAUGCUAGUGAGGUGCUUGAGGGUGAUGACGAUAGUGCAGAUUUACCAUUGAGUCAGCUAAUUCAGAGACUUAGUAAGGAAAAGAAAAUAUUGAAAGUGAAGAAUGCUGGAGGGUCAUCAGGUGUCGAUGAUGAUGUGUUGAAGUGUGCUGUGUUGCGAUAUGCAAGGGAUUCGAGUAAAUUGAAGGAAUUCCUUUUUAGUCGCGUUAAUGGAUACGAUUGCUUGUACAGAAAGGACACAGAGACUUUGGCACAUGGGCAAUGGGUG